AUGAACCCCGCCGACCGCGAUGAGGUCGUCUCACAGUUCUGCGCCAUGACCAGGGCGCGUCCUGACGAUGCACAAGAGUAUCUGGCUACCAACGGAUGGGAUCUCGAGGCCGCAGUGACAGAAUUCUUCGCGGAGCAGGACGAGAACGCACAUGACGGCGGGGCCGACGCUGCACAGGAGUCUUCUUCAUCCACCCCCCGAGAGUCCUCCACGUCGCGCAGACAGCCCCCAAAGAAGUUCGCCACGCUUGGUGAUCUUGCAUCCGGUGCGGGUGACAGCUCUGACGACGACGACGAGGAGAACCAAGAUUUCUUCGCUGGUGGUGAGAAAUCCGGGCUCGCGGUGCAAAACCCCGACGACCUGAAGAAGAAGAUUAUUGAGAAAGCGAAAAGAUCUCAACACCCGCCGUCCGAUGACCCCGAGCCCCGACGAAAUUACUUCACCGGCUCCGCCCGCACAUUAGGUGGUGAUGACACUCCUAGCAGAGUGAUCGAAGCCCCAAGCGCCCCCGCCCAACCACAAAUCCCCCAACGCGUACGAAGAACACUACACUUCUGGGCUGAUGGUUUUUCUGUGGAUGACGGUGAUCUUUACCGAUCCGACGACCCUCAGAACGCCGACAUUCUCAACAGCAUCAGACAGGGCCGCGCCCCGCUCUCUAUCAUGAACGCACAGCACGGUCAGGACGUAGACGUCGAGAUCAAACAGCACGAUGAAAAGUACGUCAGGCCAAAGCCCAAGUACAAGCCGUUCGCAGGCCAAGGUCAGCGCCUCGGAAGCCCUACCCCCGGCAUCAGGGACCCCGCUCCGAGUGCGCCCACUCCCGUCGCCCAGACCAGCAACGAACCCCCGAAACCCGAUGUGGAUGAAUCACAGCCCCUGGUUACUCUACAAAUCCGACUUGGUGAUGGAACCCGCCUAACUUCCCGCUUCAACACCACGCAUACGAUCGGCGAUGUCUAUGGUUUCGUGUCUGCCGCCAGCCCUCAAAGCCAAACUCGUCCUUGGGUUCUCCUGACAACGUUCCCCAGCAAGGAGCUCACCGACAAGUCGGCUGCUCUGGGCGAUCUGCCUGAGUUUAAACGCGGGGGUGUUGUAGUACAAAAAUGGCAAUAG